UCAAAAACCCUAGAUUUCUUAUUUCUGUAAGUCCUACUCGAUGCUUUUGUCCUCCAAUCUCUUCGAAUUCACAUCGUGGACAGCUUCCUUCAGCUAUCCCGCCAUCAUCUGCUUCGCAUCUACGCCGUCGAAAACCCCCUAUUGGGAAAGCUGAGAGUUUCUGAUCGUUAUUUGGGUGGAGAAUGGCUACAACAACAAGCGCCGUUUACAUCCACGUCGUCGAAGACGUCAUCGACAAGGUCAGGAAUGAUUUUACUGAGGGCGGCCCCGGAGAGAGUGUUCUCAAUGAACUCCAAGCGCUCUGGGAAAUGAAAAUGAUGCAAUGCGGUGUUAUAAUGGGUCCAAUAGAGAGGUCCUCCGGACAAAAACAGGCCGCUGGUGGUCCAAUCACACCUGUUCACGAUCUUAAUGUUCCCUACGAGGGCACGGAGGAGUACGAAACCCCUACAGCGGAUAUGCUCUUCCCACCUACGCCUCUACAGGCCCUCACACCUCUACCCACUCCCAUUCAGACUCCCUUACCGGGAACGGUGGACAACUCUAUGUAUCAACUUCCUUCCGGACCAAACGAUUUUCCUACUGUGCACGAUUCUGCAGGCGGCACUGAGACCAAACCUGGAAGACCUAGUCCGUACAUGCAACCACCCUCUCCUUGGAUGAAUCAAAGACCUCUUGGUGUCGACGUUAAUGUUGCUUAUGUUGAAGGACGGGAUGAAGUGGACAGAGGAGCUUCUAAUCAACCUGCAACACAGGAUUUUUUUGUAUCUUCUGGAAAGCGGAAAAGAGAGGAUUUUGCACCACAUUUUCAUACAGCAGGCGGAUACAUACCACAGCAAGACGGAGCUGGAGAUGUGACGGUGGGGUACUUUGAAGCGGAGGUGAACGAAGUUGGAAAUUUACAAGAUAGGUGCAAUGGAGUUACCAGAAACGAUAAAUUAUUACUGGCUCAAGUUGUGAGGGCUUCUCCAAGGAUACCUCAGCAGGAUGGGCCCAUUCCCGACGCUUAUGAUGAGAUAGUUUCCACACCAAAUAUGUAUCCUUACCAAGGAGUUGCAAGUGAAGACUACAAUGCAGUGAAUACACCAGCUGGCCAUGAUCUACAAGUGGGCACACCCAUUGUUGGCACACAAAAUGAAGUUGUGGAGGCUGAUGUCGAUGAUGAUGAACCCCUGAAUGAAAAUGAUGAUGAUGAUGUAGAUGAUGAUGUGGAUGAAGGAGACGAGCCGAAUACACAGCAUCUGGUUUUGGCACAGUUUGACAAGGUGACCCGAACAAAAAGCAGAUGGAAAUGCACACUCAAGGAUGGUAUUAUGCACAUAAACAACAAGGACGUUCUCUUCACUAAGGCUACUGGGGAAUUUGACUUUUGAUAGCGUUGGGCACAGAAGACCCAGUACACUUUCUUCACUGACAGGGAUUGGGUUGUUGCCGAAAGAGUACAUUUAGAGAGGAGGGGGGGGAGAGGUCUAUCUACGUCCCUUCGGUUCUUUCUGUUCAAUUCAUCGAGGGUAGAGAUGGCUUGAGGGAAUGAUUUGGCACAUGCAAGAGAUGUGCAGGUUGGAUGAAUGGAUGUACAUGUAGGUAGAGCUUUUUUUCUGCCAUCCAUAUGAGAACUGCUCUUGGCAUUAUUAUUAGUUUAUUACUUACUGUGAAAUUUGUAAUUCCAUCCGCUUUGUAUAUUCAGAUUGUUAGGUUAAAUUCUGACAAAAUGUAUUGUUUGUUUUC